CGACUACUUGCCCGAGCGCGGUACACAUCUCGGCAGCGUCGCGUCGCAUGGCUCCGUCUCUCUCGCUUCGCAGCCAAUAAUCGAGGGCCUAGUUUCUCGCCGUCUCUGUCGCGCGCGCGAUCCGCUGUGUUCGCGAAGUGACCGCGAGGUGACGACGCAGUCGGCCCAAGAUGGCCACGCUGGAUCAAUGAAACGCGAGUAAUCGUAGUAAAAACAGAAAUUGACAAGUGUGCUGGUGAACAUCGGGCGUUGAUUACGGUGUAAAUGGACCAUGGGGAAGGAUCAGGAGCUGCUAGAGGCAGCGAGAAGCGGAAAUGUCACCGUGGUCGAGAAGAUUUUGGGUCAACGAGCGAAGAGGAGUGGUCCACUGGCAAGCUUACGGCGGGGUCCGGGGGCUAACGUGCAAGACGCCAGUGGAUACUCGGCCCUUCAUCACGCAGCAUUGAACGGUCACAAGGAGGUGGUAAAGUUAUUGCUCCAAUAUGAGGCUUCCACUAACGUCGUCGACGCUAAAGGCUCUUCGCCGCUUCAUUUGGCAGCUUGGGCGGGCGACGCUGAAAUCGUGCGGUUAAUUCUUACCCAAGGACCUUCGGUACCCAAAGUGAAUCUUACGACGAAGGACAACGAGACAGCGUUGCACUGUGCAGCACAGUAUGGGCACACGGAAGUGGUGGCACAGCUGUUGCAAUACGGAUGCGACCCCAGUAUCCGCAACAGCCGGGGAGAAUCCGCACUCGAUCUCGCUGCACAAUAUGGCAGACUGGAAACCGUGCAAUUACUCGUUAGUACGUAUCCGGAGCUGAUCGUACCUCUUCGGAACUCUUCCUCCUCGGUGAUUUUUCCUCAUACUCCGCUGCAUUUGGCUUCGCGAAAUGGCCAUAGAGCCGUGGUAGAAGUGCUGCUUGCUGCAGGCGUCGACGUAAAUACGCGGACGUCUGCAGGAACCGCAAUGCACGAGGCAGCGCUCUGUGGAAAAAUGGAAGUGGUGCGGGCUCUACUCGACAGAGGGGUUGAUUUGGGCAUCCGGGACUCAAGGCAGAACACGGUCCUGGAUCUUUUGGGACAAUUCCCGCCGCACGUCACACAGGAUAUUACCGCAGUGAUCAAAAGGCAUAGGUCUUCCUCUGGCGUGGAGAGCGAUGCCGACAGUGAAAACUUGCCACCUAUUCCGGUCCAGGGCGGCGACUCGUUGGGCAGCCCUUACGAGAACGUCCGGCCAGGGGACGAUCUCUCGCCGGCAGAAGGAACGUCGCCCACUCAAUGGCAGUUCUAUCAUAAGCCUCGAGACGACGAUCGACGCGUUUCCGGCACUUCCGUCAUGUCUUUUGAAGACGAGCAGAUCGGGGGACCAGUGAACGGAGUACGGAGGACCCUCCAGCAGACAGAGGACUCCGACCCCAGUUCCGUCUUCGACAGCGUCUUUAUGUCCAUGUCCGACACUCUCAACUCGAUAAAUACUCUCGAAAGUUCCGAUCAAACUCCCGACGACAAACCACAAAACACUACCACCAACAGAAUUUCAUUAGUACAGCGCGACACCACACGGGGUUCCGACAGCGGAUUGUACCAAACGCCACCGGUACCUCGAGGAACAAUGGAGGGUAGCUUCGUGUCGGAGGAUCUGUCCUUGACAUUACCCACGGGAUACGGGGGUGGCAGGGAGUCGGACCAAUUGAGCGUUUCCUCGUCCUCGAGCGUCGGUGGACCGAGCCCACGGGAUCGGCGUUGUUUGCCCAACGAUUCCAGCGCCGCCGGGAUUUACUUGCCAAUGGCACCCUUGUCCAGUUCUCUCCACAGCCCCGCCUCUAACAAUAAAGUCUCGCCGACGCCUCCGAAGAAGCCGCCGAGACGCAACCUAUCCGUGUCCCCGACGCACCUGCAGACCCAGAUGUCAUUGUCCGCGGAUUGCUCGCUGGGGCCGAGCAACUACGAGUACUUGUUCAUGGCGCGCAGCGGUGCUCGCAGCCACAUCGACUUCGAACAAUUGCAGAAGCGUCGGGAGCAGUUGCGUCACGUGACGAGGAGCGUGGACCAAUACGUCGAGAUGAAGUCGCGGGUGCCGGACGGCGAGGAGAGGCGCGACAAUAGCGUGGAACCGGUGGCCAUCACCUCGAUCUACGAGAACCGGCCGAUCAAGACGUUGAACCCGCGGCGGAAGUUGAGGAGACACGCGUUCGAGAACUACGAAGCGGACGGCAGCCUGUGCGGCGACAAAUCGCCGUGCAGCGAGGUGGACUCGGUCAUCCAGGAGCAGACGUUCGUGUCGAACGCGUUCCUCACGCUCAAGUCCUCCCAGGAGAGCCUCCUGGACGAGAAGCGGGACACGAACGAUGAGUCGGCGAACGAGGGUCGCGAGGCGACGGACAAGCGCCUGAAACGAGUACAAAUGAUGCUACCGACCAGUCCCACGCAUUACGCACAGCCGCCGACGCCGGACCAUCCACCCCCAUCAGCUAUGCAGGCGGAGAAGUCUAUUCACGAACGGAUUCGUCCGUUAAGUCAGGUAUACAAACGGAGGUCCCGCGACAUGGAAACAGAAACCGACGAGGAUUUACUGCAGUUUCCGGCCGGCGGCAGCCUGGACGCGUCCAGCGGCUCGUUGUCGAGCGUGUCCCUGUCGGACAAGAGCAUGUCGACGGACAACGUCGAGGAAUACUUUGGGGAUGUGCCGUUCGCAGGUUUGUUGAAAGGAUCCGUGACAGCUGAGCGGCCUCGGACGUUGCGACGGCUGAGGAACGUUUACGGGCCAUCCGCAUGCGGAAUGGGAGCCGGCGGCGAGGGCGGAGGCGGGGAUCGUAUCGAGGACGGAGAGGUCCCGUUCCGAUUGUCCGAUCGUGACCGCGAAAGGGACGAGAAAUCCCUUAGCAUAAUGAGCCCGUUCGACGAGCAGGAGGAAUGGGCGAAGAUCUCGGAGAUCAUGGCGUCCUUCGGGACCGGCCUCGUCAGGGAGUCGGUCUUCGUCACUGAACUCGAGAAGGAGUUCCAGACGAGGCUAGGUCUGAGUUCAGACACCAGCAGCAGCCCCAUUGUCUCGACUUCCCUCGGUCAGUGGUUGUCAACGUUGGGUUUGGCGGAUUACGAGACUCUUCUAACCAAUUACGGUUUCGACGAUCUCGAGUUCAUCAACGGAGUCCUGGACGAGUCGGAUCUGAAGGACAUGGGGAUCAGCAGCGAUCAGGAACGAGCUGUGAUUAUGGACGCCGCUGCUCAAUUAAGCAAACGAGUGGAAAAACGAACCGGUAACAGCUGUCAAUCGGUGGAUGAGUGGCUGAAGAGCAUCCACCUGGAGAAUUACGCGGAGACUUUCCGAAAACACUUGUACACCGACAUGGACCGCGUGAGGUGCGUGUGGGAGGUCGAACUCGCGGCCGUGUUGGAAAUCCAGAAGCCGGCGCACAGGAAGAGAAUUCUCGCGUCGGUCAGCGGCUCGAAUACUCGUGCACAGAAUCGCAAUUGCACCGGUCCUAACUUGGAGGACCUCAAUAAGGAUCUCAAAACCUUGAAGACGAACAUACAACAGCUGAAAGAGGAGAUACGAGAAAAACUGCCGGAAACAACGGCGGAGGGUAAUGGCAGCACGUCGAUAACCGGAACGAAUUCGACUACCACGGGCACAUUAAGGCACCGCAAAAAUAGACCGGCCCCGCAGCCACCCCAGCGACCCAGUUCGCAUAAUGGGGCGAUCUCGGCACCGGAACAACUCGAGAUCAGGGCACCGUCGGAGCUGCUUUUCGGCGUCCCGUCCACCCUGAAGACGCAAUGGAGGCACCAGCCAAAAGCUCUAGUCGCCGGCUGCGUCACGUACGUCGCCAACUAUCUGGGCUCCACCGUCGUGAAAGAACUGCGUGGCACUGAGUCUACAAAGAAGUCUAUACAGAAGCUGAAGAAAACAUGCCGCGAGCCGAGAGUCACUCCUGACAUUACUUUGGCCAUUUCUUUUCGUGGCGUUCGUUUCCUGAAUACGGUUACUAACGAGCCCAUUUGCGUGCACGAGAUUCGCAAUAUCCACUGCGCCUGCCAGGACGCCGACGAUCUUACCCAUUUCGCGUAUAUCACCAAGGACCACGACAGCCCAACCCACUUUUGUCACGUCUUUUGUGUGCCGACAAUGGACCAAGCGACAGAGGUGAUUCUAACUCUUGGUCAAGCGUUCGAGGUAGCUUACCAAAUGGCGCUGAGGGACAAGUUAGGUGGUCACACGGUCCGAUCGCAGUCCGCGAACCAAUUGAUCGCGUUCUCUACGAAAUUGCCAGCAACCACCAAGUUACCAGCGUCGCCUGAUUCCGCGGCAGACCCAGGUCGCGAGCAGGAGCAACCUUCGGCGACGGGCCCAGGCUUAAACUCGUGCAACAACGCAACGACGAGAUUAAAGCUGAGAUCGAAAUCGUCCAUCGCGAACCCGAUCAUCCAGGUGGCCAAUCCUGCGCAGGACAUGAACUCGAACUCCAGUUCCGGCUCGAGCACCACCGCGAACUGCACUUCGAGUUCGAACCCUGCGACCAGCCCGAGCACCAACUCCGUCAGCAGCUCGAACUCGAACACCAGCACGAAUCAGACCGCCAAGCCACUCGUCACUCACGGCCGGUCUCACUCGGUGAACGAUAUCAAGCUGAACGGCAACCAGCUGAAGCUAGCGCCGGUGCCCGUCGACGACAUCGGCAUAGGCGUCAAGGACAUGAAGCCUGGCUCGAGGGCGCCGAUUGCUCUAUCGGAAGAGCUCUAGACGGAUCGCCGACGAGUUCUCAGAAUCGUGGAAAGUUUCUUCAUGCUAUGAAACUGUUCUAGACCUGGUCUAGGUCCGCCAGGCCAUCCUCUAACUUCUGCUGGCAGCUAAUCCUCGUUCGACGCGCGACUUCGAGGAACGUUGCCUGCACGGUCGAACGAUGGCUUUUCGAGGUUUCCAGCCGGUGUAUUUCAGCGGAGGUUGGCAUAAUACGUGCACCGAUGUUUCUACAGUAUCAGUGGAGCUUCCGCUUGCUGUAUGGUAGCUGGACAUCGUCCCAGAUGAGGCGAUCGCGAUCGCUUCGCUUUUGGAUCGCCCCAUGUGACGAUCACUCGGGGCACUGAUGGACCGUUUAUCCGGUACCUUUUUAUCUCUCGAACUUUUGUAGUAGCGUUAUACACGUAUGGUCGCGUUUCGGCGUACUUCGACAGUUUGUAUGAACACUUUUUCCCGGGGCGAGUCACGGAGGGCCUCGCGGCGGCUCAGGUAAGUGGACGACUCCGUCGAAUCAUACUUUGCCAAAUUCCACACUUACGGGACCGUGUCCGACCGACCUUCGAACAGCGACACUGUGAUUGUCCGCAUCGAGAGUAUUAGAAGAAGACUCGUCUGGAUGGCAAUCGAGUGCUCACCUUUUACACGUUUCUCGCGUGAUCGCGUGGCGAGACUGACAGGUACCCGGAAACAACGAAUUCGAAACGAACUUUGUUACAAUCACUUAGCUCCGCGGCGUGUUCCGUUCAUCCUGAACGUUCUGACGACUUGAACCGUUGUGAUAGGCGCAUCGAAUAGGAUCGGACUCGAGAAUCUAUCAUUCUCGAGUUUCUGUUUGACGAUUCUGCCGAGAAGACUGUGGAAAACUUCUAGAUUGUUACAUGUUUGAAGUCGUGACAAUACUAGAAGCCACGUUUAGAUUUUAGAGCAAUUGUCAGGUGCAGAGGAAGCGUCCAACCAAGAGAUAUUACCGUGUUGCGGUUAAUGUUAAUUACCCUUACUUUGUGUAGCUGUUUGAAAUUCGAUACCCACUGAUAUUUCUCUAUUUAGUAAAAGACGACACGCAAAUCGUGAUAUUUCUAACAGCUGUGAAUAUAUUUCGAUCGAAUUUGAUCGUCCAACCGGUUUCCCGUUUACAAAACGUUGUUUCCCAUUGAAAUAUCAACAACAGGAUAGUCAGGAUGAACGGAACAGACCGCGGCAACGAAAACGCGACCGUUUCUCGCGAACGUUCUCACCGCGCGAAGCGCGCGUCUAUCACGAUCAGUAUUAUUCGACUAAAAUAAUGCUCCUGACACCGUAGAUAUUUUCUAGUUGUACGCACGAUCUUUUGUCGGUACAGAUGAGUGAGGAACGUAACAUCGAUGUCUCGCCUAAAUUAACUAAAGGAAAAAAAAACGAAAAACAAAAGUGAAAACCGAAAAAAAUAGAGCUCGAGAUGGAAUCCCCCUCCCUACGGCUCGUAAAAAAUCGAUCGACACAUGCACACGUACACAGUCACGCGCGCACACACACAUACAUACAUACAUACGUACACACACAGACACCAUACCCGCUCGCAUGUACGCACAGACACGACACGGUAAAAAAAAAAAGGAGAAGAAAAAAUGCACAUUCCGCAUCAAAACGACACAGGCGAGCUGACAAAUUCCAGUAUGCUCAAUUUUCGAACCCGAAUAAGUAAGUACUAACGACUGAUGAGACUUUGAGGCUGAAUUGUUCUUUCGUUAGCUCCCCCUCGCCCGCGAAACCGUGGACAACGAUCGAUUUAUCGUCCGCGUUCGAUUUCUUUUCUUCCACGAUCGAUUCUGCCGCGUCGUUACGAGUCGCCAUCGUUUUCUCGACGUUUCAUCAUCCAAGACUGAGACAACCCUCGCUUCGUUUUGUAUUCCAGGCGUUUAAGGGUUACGUAUAAAGACAUACACGCGUAUACACACACGUACACGGAUAAUUACACAGGGACAGGACGAUGUAAUUGCGGAGGACAGGCACACGUAUUAUUGUAUUAUAAAGAACGAGAAAAUGAAAAUGGAAACGAACGGAGAAAGAUGAAGCUCUCCGUAACUAGUGUAUUUACUCCAGUGCUAAUUCGACGAACCUCGCGAUUAGGAAACGAAACUAUACCACGAAGCGGUACCAAAUAUCUAUCUAAUACGCAUACGUAUACACAUAUAUUUAAAUACUCUAUGGAGUCAAUAUGAAGGCUCCCUGUAACGUAAGGAUCCCCGAGUUGGAUGUAAACGCACGAGAGCGAGUGGACCGAGACAAGCUCGAAACUUCCGUCGAAUUUCAUGAAUCAACCGUGUUUAACAUUGACAGGCUCAACGAAGCAGUUACAAAGGAAACAUAAUAGCAGAGACAGCAGAUUAUCGUAGAUAAGAUUUCGAUAGAGAUAUAAAAAAAGACAAAAAAACAAUGAGUGAGAGAGAUUACCGUUGCGUCAAUCGGAAGUUCCUUGCUACGCGAAAUCCGACGUGUCUCAGCUUCAAUUCGGUUGGGCCCCAAGGUGUUAUAGUAGUAUCGUCGAGCAACGCGUAGCAUCGUAGCUCCGUUCUUUCAGGGAGCAGGCCUAACGACUUCGUAGAUAUCGAAUGGAACCGAGAGGAGAGUUGCGAACGGAGGAAGAAAUAACCUGCUGCAAGAUGGUGCCGGUGCCAUUUUUCUUGGUACUCUGUACACGCUUAGAUUGCUCCGUAGCGAAACCAAAGAUUGCAUGUAUGUACAUAGAAGCGAGGGAUCGUAGGAUCGAGCAACGAACAGCCGGAUCUCGAUCGACUAGCCGGAUCGAGAAGGCUGGACUCGGUCCGCGAUCGGUGAUAGAACGGAAACAAAUGACGAACGGAACACGAGAGAGAGAGAGAUACUGCCAAAUAAACACACUACGAGUACCGCGUGGGUAUACGCACACUUUGUAUUCGUCACGUUUAGACGUCGUAGGUAAUUAUGUAUACAGGAUUACGCGGUAAGGUGAACGGUAGAUGCGGUGGUCCGCGGGCAUCGUGAUAACAGUCAUUUCGCGCCGCAGAGUUGUAAUUAUAUGUGUAUCCUCUACGCACCGGUGUAUUUCGCGUAGCGCAGCUAUCGUAGAAAAAGUAGUAUUCCGAAGUAGAUCAGCACGUUUUCCUCGAUGUCUCAGUAAAUAUCAGGUAAGGAAGUGACUCGUUCGCGAACUAGUAGUCCCAGAACGGAGAGUGGCGGAAAUCGCGGGCUCGUUGGACGGUUUGAUGCCCGAUAGCGUCGACGAGUUGGCCAGAUUAACUAUCGUUUGAUCGUGAGAACUCGAGGAAUGCUUCCGACCACGUGGAACUAGCAACUCGACUCGAACACAGACGGUUCUUUCGAUGAUAAUCGUUCGGCGACGGCGGCGAACGUUCUCGAAUUUGUUCCACGGGAAGAUCCACGCCGAUGGGCUUGUUACGUUUUUGUAAUUGAACGUCGCGAUUGAACUUCUUGAUCGGCUGAAAGUGCUGCAAUAAAGUCUGAUAUUUCGAACGGCUUUGGAACGCGUUCACGUAAGAUCACGGCGAGGGAAGGAGAGGUGCACCGACUUCGUCCCUACUCCUGCGAUCUUGAAGGUUUGCUGUCGAUGUAGUCCGCCGAGUGCUCCAGUAAAGCUUUCGUACAAUUGGUGAGAGUUUCUAUAACUCGGUGAGAGUUUCCCACUACAGUAACGCUACCGUGGUAGUGCUACACUCAUACAAAUAUAAUUUAAAAAAGUAAGUGAGCACCGAUGGAAACAUCAGCAACUGUCGCGGGAACGCGAGGAAGUAAAAUUUCAGUGUCGUAGAAAAUUUGUGACGGGGCAAAUCGUAGUCGGUCCAUCUCCUCUUCUUACACCGUGCGUAAGAUUCACCGUGGGUUUUGUUGAUCGAAGUAUUUUUUUAUGAUUUUCUACGUGAAUAGUAAAUUUGUCGAUUUUGAGGCAACUUUCGGAACACAGAUUCCGACGAAUUUUUCACAGUGCGCAACGUUUUCGGUAUCCGAGAAAUACUGGUGUUCCGUGGAGACGAUCUGCGGGAACAGUAAGGAUGAUUAGUACAAAUCGCUUAAGUAAUCGUGAAAUUGAAGACGCAAAUAGCCGAGUUCGCCGAGUGUCCAAGCUGCCGAGUGUCACGACCGCUCGCGCAAUUAAUCACCCGAAUCGUUCGGUGCUCCGGUGUUCGGCGAUCGGAGGCUUGAACACUUGAGAACACGGACACGCGAGUAUUUGAAUUGUUCGAUACACCAGUUCGUUUCAUACUCGAAGUUUUCGAGUAUUUGGAUACCUUAGGACUCGGAUGCCCGAGUGCUCGGGCGUUCGGAAGCAAAUUAGCGCUUCGGUUUAGCAAGCGAGUGCGACCCGAAACACAGGAACGUCGCGCUGUAUCGGCAACGGAGUCCGGCAUUGUUCGAAUCAAAUUCGAUUCGUAUCACCAUUUCGAACAGAUUCUUCGAAUAGCAUUUCGUAUAAAUUCUUCCGAUGAAAUUUUAUUCGUUAUUUGAAUAAAAUAUGCCCGGCUCCGAUCGAUAAGUAUAUCGUGGCCGACGUGUCCAUCCGUUUCGCCGUGUCACGACGCAUUCAUAGAUUCAUUUUCGAAUCCAUAGAGACGCAGAUACUGCGCCGAGCUUUCUUUCACGAUACUAUUCGCGACUGGGAGCAACAAUCGUUUCAUCCAUCAACGAACAAUAGGAGUUGCGGCGGACGCAAUCUCGCAGGUGCCAACGAUGGAGCCCGUUUUUAUAUCCGAUCGGCACACAAGUUCGAGCCGAUUUCACGAUCUGUGUUCUUGUUGUCGAGGCGUUCGCCCGAGGGUAACCGGCGAACGUUGUUCGCCGAUCGAUUGUAAAUAGACGUAGUAUCGAGCAGCGGAGAUCGGUAGCCGUUUUGUUUCGCGGACUGUACAUUGUAUCUUCCAGAUCGCCGGCAGACGUUUCAACCGCUCGACACGCCGGACGCAAUAGAUAGACGCAUGAAAUAAUUUAUUUCCUUCCAGGGUCGUCGAUACGGGUCGAUGCAAAUGCGGCACCCGCGAUCGCGAUACGACAGAGGCAUCUAUAUACAGCAUUUAACGAUUAAGUAUUUAUACGAGUAACGACCGAGUAAACUUUAGUUGUACGACCAUAGAUAUCGAUAAAAGCGUAGACCGAUCCGAGUGGUAUCGCGACGAGUUUAGACAGAACUCGAGCCUGCCGAUCGCGCGAGGAUACUCGUUCACGGACCAAGCGACACGACGAGGCGAAGCCGAAAGCGAAAGCGAAGAUCGGUGGACGAUCGGUAGCUCGUGAACCAACGAGUCACGACGUAUUUAAAGGCGUGUCCGAGACUUGGCCACCGAGGCGGAUACCGUUAAUCUCGAAUAAGCUUUGUUUCUCGUGAGUAGCGAGGUAGACGAUUUAUCAUAACGAUACAGGCGCGAGGCGUAAAUGUACAUAGGUGUGUGGUUAAAAACUAGAGCGUCCUACAGCGAUCACCGUGAAUCAGUUCACCGCAACGAUACCAAAGAAACGGUCGAGGCAACUUCCUAAUUGUACAUUAGACCACUUGUGUGCGAUUAAACUGGCGUAUACUAAUUACCCCGAUGGCUUCCAUGUGUUGUUGAUUUUCGCGAGUCACCUUGCGUCUUGAGAUCCCUCGGGCCUCUCUCGAUUCCACUUUGUGUCUGUCUGUGUUUAUCAGUCGUCUCGCAAUCUUCGAACGCAUCAUCCGAAUUUUUCCAUGAAACGUGUCUUUCCAGUUUCGGUGUAAGAAACGGCGUCCGCGCGUUUAAGAAUGCUUUCUAUUUCGUUUUAUUUAUUUACUUCGCGGAAAAUACUCGCCGUGUUUCGUCAAAUCCGUUCGGCUCGUUCAUUAGACGCGGCGGCACGCAUUGUUUCACACCGGGAAACACUUGCGCGAACGUUUUCCCUGUCCCGCAUCUCGCAACGUCGCUUCUCAGCCGAGCUCAUCCGAGUGAAUUUGCGUUCGUCCUGAUUACGCGGCCGUUUCCCCGGGAAACGCGAUGUCAUUAACGCGGUGCUUAUCUCAAAUCGCAUCAAUUUGAGAGCCGGAUUCGCGUGAUCAUUCGCUCGCCGCAGCGUCAGACGUGCCGCGGAAAAACUUCGCGUGCCUCGUUAACAUUUUCACGUGCGAGGUCCUUCAAAUUAAUUAAGCAAAUGUCGCCGCGUUUCGAAUCCGCGGCCGCGAUAUACUUUCAUUGGUUCGUUGACAAUUAACAAUUUCGCCCGCGAGUGUUCCGUCUUCACUCGGAAGUUCGAAUUUUUCCUCAAAUUCAAUUUUUGCACGGCUUGCGAUGUUAAACUCGCAGUAAUUAAACAUGCUUAAUUUGCGAAUAACUGCUGUUGUAUUCGCGCCGUUUUUUUUUCUUCAAACGUAUCAGGAUGACAAUACUGAUAAUGGAUUGAUUUUUCUUUGUCAAGCGACAGUUCGCACCGUUUCGAGCAGGUUCAGUUGAGCACGAGAUUUCAACGCGUCUAAGCAUUUAUGUAUUUUAUUCGACGUAUGAAUUUAUUUCGAAUUCCCUUGCGAUGUAUUUUUAAUCUAAAGACACGUUUUGUAUACGAUAAGCUACGCCCUAUGUAAUUUCGUGAAACGAGUUUCAGAUUAACUUGUAGACAAUCGAAGAAACGUCUGAGAUUCCUAAGUUGAAGCGCAGACUAAUUACGCGAACUGAUUCCGGUGAGAGCGUUUCUAUCUCUUCUAGAAUCUUUGUACAAUUGUCGCGCUAACAGAUUGUAAGAAUUCGUGUUCGAAGUUCAGAGCUAUAUUCAAUGACUUAUAAAAACCGUCUCUCCGCACAGUAUAAUCUAGUAGUAUUUUCUUUGCGCGGCUAAGGUAGAAGCUAUUCGGUAAGUUUCAUGGAAUUUCAUCGAGUAAUUACUUUUUAAAUGUCACCCGUUAUUAAACGGUCUCGAGUUUUCCCGAUUUUCUAUCUCUUGCUCGAUCGCACAGCAGCAUUUCCUUUUCCACUUUCAAGCUGUAAGCAUUUUUGAUAUUCACACUUCUGACCGCGAGACGCGAAGCUUACGCGUUCGACUCUUCGUGCACCAACUAUUAUAGCAUUUCUUUUUAUACGUCUUCUCACGUGAUCAAUGGUCCACUAGGUGUGUCACCUUUCUUUCAUCAUUGAACUCGUUCACUAUUUAAUUGCACAAAAUACCUUUCGAUGAAACAACGUUUUCAGCAAUCUGCGAACCAAGAUUUAUCCGUCUUCCUUUCCAAAAGUUACCGUACUUUUCGUGUUUGAUAAUUAAGAAUGGGUCAUUUAAUAUUCGAGUGUACCACAGUAAUCCCCGUUUAAUAGUCCCUGCGGCUAUUAAUAAGGCUCAGCUGUUUCGACAAGUGAUAUGUUGAUAACAUUAAGGAUACCAACAGUUUGUAAAAGCGAUCAAUACUUACCAAAUAAACGACGACUAAAAAUAUUGAUGCGACGAUUUUUUCAGGUUUUUAUAUUGUCUUGACUCUCGCGACGUUUUAAAAUAAUUUUUGUCCUCAUUUAGGUAUAAUGCUACAUUGCACUUAUUUUUAUUACGAAAACGUAUAUCCUGCGUAGAAAGUCAGGACACAUCAGGUCGAAUCAAGUGAUUAACACUAUUUCUAUCGAAGGUUUACAAAGACACCUCAUAAUUUCCAUUUAACACUAUUUUACCAAAGGGGUUAAAGAACAUCUUUUAAUAAAUUUUAAUAAAAAUUAUUUCUUAUGUUCCAUGUUUUCUAUGUAAUCACUUCUCGAACUUUGCUGCAGCCGUCACAAAAUUAUGGUAAAGAUAGUGUUAACCAUAUAAAAUGAAUUGCAACAUGAAAGCUGUGACAAAGGCUGUCCGUGUUCUUGAGAAAUUAAUUUGGCGCUCAAAGUAUUGAACGGAAACAAAUAAGGGGACUAUUUUUAAAAAUAUUUUUCGGUGUAAAGAUGUAAUGGGCAAUCGUGCACGGAUUAAGAGGAUUCUAAUUCACGUGUACGGUGCCCAUCUUUUGAGUUAUUGUUCUGAUUUGUCGUCCGGCCGGAACAAAUACCUGCGACAAGUGAGAAGAUUACUAUCGAUGGCGAAGCUGUUACGCUAAUUACUGAUGUGCGACUGCACAUUUUGCCGAGGUCAAUUCUCUCCGCUAUUUUCUGAGAUACACAUUGUGUCAUCGUUGUUCUCGGUAGAAGCUUUUAAUGGAAUUAUACUCGUAGUCUAUCCUCAUUCCAGCCCUCUCCCAUUUUCCCCAGAGGAUCUUCAUCUUCCAGUCGUAUCCGAACGGCUUACGACCCGAGGUUUCGCGUUCCACCUGAGCGUGAAGGUGGAACGGAACGGCUUGUGUCCGUGGCUUGAUGGGAAGACUGACUUUCCUCCGGCAGAGACAGAGAAAUUUCGAUGUGUACAUAGCGGGGUCGCGAGCGUGUAAGAUAUCGUAGUAGACUUAUGAACGUAAAUGGUGUAAUACAAGUGAUCAGGGGGGACGGGAAACGAAGGUUGUAGGACGAUCCCCGAUCGUCCCUCACACUUUGCUCUUCUUGCGUCGAUGUUUCUCCUAGUCGUUGCGAUUCUUCUCUGUAAUGUCUUCUCGAGAUUUGACUCUUUCAUUUGCACGAGAACAUCGACGCGUCGACUGCCACCCUCGCACCGUUCCUGGCAGCCAUGGGAAUCAUGGGAACCAUGGGAACCACGGGACACCCAACAGCAGUAGUUCGAAGAAGCCGUGCAAAUAAUAUACUGGUACGAUAUAAUAUCAGAAAAAAAACAUUCGACAUGCAUUUCUUCAUUUGUAGACGAAUGUCUAAUUUUCAACGCUCCGAAACUUGAAUUUAAUUAUCAUUAAAUAAGGAAACUUAGAACGCUGUUUGAUAGUGAUUUUUCACACCGACAUUUAUUAUUUCUUAUCAUUUCGUUUUAGUAUCUAUCCUUCCGUGGGUAAAAUACUUAAAAUUGUACGAACUGCAUUUUUUUCAGCAGGUCUAUUUUUGAAAAAGGUAUCUUCCUGACUGACGUAAUGAUGUUUUUUCGUUGCUCUGGUGCAAAAAUCAAGAUAAACUGAAUAUAUUAUUAUUUAAAAGUUUCAACGACACUUUAAUGUUUAUAAGUUACAAUUACUUGGCUUUUUCGUUUUUACGAUAACGAAAGACAGAAAUAAAUCAAGAUUUAAUGUCCGUGAGACAACUGGACUUUUAGAUAUCAUGUGUUAACUAUAACGAGUAUAAUGUUUAAAGAAGUAUGUAUACUUAUUCCGAACAUUUAUAAUUUAUUUUUAUGAGUUGGAAGAUAUCUUUUUGUUGACGUGUCUCUAAUAUUGCUGCAAGAAAAUACAGUAGGACUAUCCGAGAAAAAUCUUUUGAGUAGCUUAAAAAAUUCUCGAACUAAAUGGCUUAAAGUGUAAAGCUCGAGAAUCAUUUAUCGCGGCAAAAAUUUGUUCUCCAAAGCUUUGAGGGCUGUUCUCGUGCCUACGAAGCAAACGAUUGUAGGCAUAACAAAAAUACGUAUCGAAUAGUUUUCCGAACACUGUGUUGUAAUGAGAGAGCAUCGGUGUGUGUCGCGUGACUUCUCGCGUAAACGUCGAUCGAGAUUGACUUUGCAGCUGGAUGAAAUACUGACGUGAACACCGGUCGUCGUACAGUUCGCAGUCAAGUAAGAAGUGCAAUGAACGACAGUGUACACUGCGAUCGUUUUUCCGGCAGUCGACGCGUCGAUCCUAAGCAUAUGCACAAGGCGUUCGUAAAAACACGAUUUUAGAUAUUACGACGGGCGAGAGAAUUCGAAUAGUUGCGCAGUGCAAUAAUUCGUAGAUCCAAAGAUUUCGUAAGUGUUAAAAGUGAAAUUAGUUUAAAUCAGUCUUGUCCAUGGAUUGGACAUACUACGCGGCUCGCUAUAUUUCUGGUGGUUGUCUCCGUAAUUCCGGUUGUAUCGCGAGUUUCAGAAACUGAAUAUGAGUCAUCGUAAUUAAGAACCAAUUUUAGUGGAUUUAUUGUAUAAGGAAAAUCCGAGAUAUUUGGACCUGAAGUAUGUGAAGAGACUUUGGACAGGGCUGGUACAGACAUAAAUGUUUUAUAAUAAUAUAAACAGCAAUCUUUUAAUUCCUCAACUAACAGUACGAUAUAAAUUGUCAAGUUCCAGGUUUUGUGAUAUCAUUUUCGAACGUUCUAUCGAGUUAUUUUCACUUUCACUAUUAUAGAGACUAUGGGAAUCCAAGUUUCCUUGUUACAAAACUGCACUAUCAUUUAAUAUUACUACACUUAUGGUAACGUUUCCUUACUAUAAAUCAAUGAACAAUAGUCUUCGCGAAUUCUUUAGAAUUCCUCAGGUUGUUUAAAGAUCUUAUUCACCGACUAAACGAAAAGUCUAUCUCUUAACAGUUUAUAUUAUAUUUAUUUCUAUACAGUUAAUUAACCCAUAACGAUCGCAAGUCACCUCGCACGUGCCUACGACCAAGUACUGUUGUCGCGUCAGAGACGAUUUGCGACCGUUAAGAGUUAACCGCAUUAUUGUUAUUUCAAUGAAAUAUUAUCGACACCAACAUUUGUAAGAAGGUAUCGGUCGAUCUGGAGAGAAUAACUAAUAGGACACGCGUUCAACGAGUUCGGCGAGUAGCAAAAUCCAGUACGAAGUUCGCGUAUUCCUGAUCGACCGAUUCUUUUUCCUUUCGUAUGUAUUCGAUCAGUGUCGGUGAAAGAAAGGAAUCGAAUGAUUGCAAUGCGAACGCAUUAUUUCGAAAAUUGUUGCUAAUUAUCCCUGCGUUAUUGCGUUCCAAAGAGAAAAAUUGGUGCAGCGCUUGAUCGUCGUGCAAUUCGAGGUGAUCCGUAGAGAUAAUAAAAAAGAGCGAGAGAGAGAGAGAGAGAGAAAUGAGAGACAAAUGUAUUCACUGAUGAACCGUGCGCGACGAGGACCGCCAUCUUUGCCGGACGUGGAGGAAUCAUUGAUCGAGCGGAUUAGUUCCUUUCUUUAUUUAUUUUCUAAUAGCGAUAAAGCUCGAAUCGGACGUGGACAGAGGGCAAAGGUGGCGCGAGGCCUCGCGGCACACGGGGUUUGCGCAAAAGAACGUACAAAUUGAAAACGUGAAGAAGGGUAGAGGCGAGUGAUCAGUGUCUUUUAAAAUCAAAAGGAUAUGUGCACGAAGCUAUUGCCGAGAAUGCCAUAUAUAAACGCGCUAUUUUGUACCGAGCAGCCUGAUUAGACGCAAAACUUCCUACUUUCUUGGACACAUUAUAUUUAUUAUUGUUCAUGUUUAUUAGAAUGAUAUAUAUAUGAGACAGAGAUUAUUCCCUGGAUAUCUAUAACGCCUUGAAAGAAUAAAACGGAUACUUUACGGGAAAA